AUUUCCAAAACUGCUCCCUCAUACCCGUGAUUAAACCACAAAACUUUCCCGAUCUUAUUAACUCUAUUAUAAGCGUACUAUGCACUUUACUAUCAAGUAUGGAAGAUCUUAACAGCUCGAGAGUACUAUUUACUUCACCUUCUAAAUUUCAUAUACUGGCUCACAGAAUCUCCUUAGUAUUCUGAACUCUCACAUUUUUAUUUUCUUAAUAAAUUAAAGUCAAAGUAGUAGAAAAUCAAAUCAAAUCCACCAAAUAAUUCACAACUUUCUACAUCAAAAUCAAACCAAAUCCCCAAAUCAAUCAAACCCUAGUCUCUGAAUGCCAAUCAAUUUCGAGCAAGAUGACGACUCCAUGCGAUUCUCAAUUCUCUCUCCUCUUCACCUUCAUCUCUCGCCGACUCUAUCAAUCGUCUGAAUCAUCUGUUUCUUGCAAUCAAAUGUUGUGGGAUUAUGCAAUUCGAGAGAUUAAUUUCUUGCUUUGGCUUUCUUUUGUUGGAAUUUCUGCUAUUUUGCUAAGGAAAUUGUUUGUUCUCUUCAAAAUUUGGUCGUAUGGUAGUCGUAUUCCUGGUCCUCCUUCACCUUCCUUUUAUGGUCAUUCUGUGCUCUUUGCUGGCGCCAAUUCUCAUCAGGAUCUCACUGAUCUCUUGGAUAAGUCACAUAAGAAGUAUGGAUCAAUCAUAAAGCUGUGGCUAAGUCCUACUCAGCUGCUAGUGUCUGUAAAAGACCCCUUGGUUAUAAAUGAAUUGCUGUUGAAGGCUGCCGAUAAAAUGCCUCUGAUAGGGAGGGUGUACCGUUUGGCCUUUGGACAGUCAAGUUUCUUUGUCUCUUCAUUUGAAAAGGUCAAAAGAAGAAGGGAGACUUUGGCAGUAGAAUUGAAUGGGAAGUUGCUCGAGAAAGCAAAUGCAAUGACUGAUAGAGCUGUGGAUUUUGUAAUGGAAAGAAUAUGUGUCACCAUGGACAAGGGAGCCCUUGAUUGUGAAAUUUUCUCCCAACACAUGGCUUUCUCCAUACUAGGAGCCACGUUUUUUGGAGAUGCUUUUUUUGCAUGGUCCAAAGCCAAUGCUUAUGAGGAGCUUCUUAUAAGGAUUGCAAAAGAUGCUUGCUUUUGGGCAUCAUAUAAUGUUCCACCAUUCUGGAAACAAGGCUAUUGGAAGUAUCAACAUUUGUGCUCAAAGCUGAAAUCCUUGACUCAAGAUAUUGUUCAGCAGUGCCAGAUGAACUACAAGCUGUUAUGUCAACCCAACUGCCACAGCAAUCCUAAAAUGAAGGAUGAGGAAGCUGCAUCUGGUACAACUUUUUCAAGUGGCGUGGCAAAGCUUGCGAGUUCAAGCUCACAAGAGCCCUGUUGUCAUCAGAAUCAACGGGAAGAAGCAAAUGGAAAUGUCAUGGGAAUGAUGUUUCAUGGGUGCCUUACUACUGCUGGUUUGAUCGGUAAUGUCUUGGCCAGACUUUCAAUGCAUCCUGGGAUACAGGAAAAGAUCUAUCUAGAGGUAACUACCAUAAGAAAACGGUAUGAUAAACUUAAAAAGCAAGAUGUCAGUGAAAUGCACCUCUUAUUGGCUACCUUGUAUGAAUCGGCCCGCCUCCUUCCUGCUGGACCUUUGCUGCAGAGAUGCUCCUUGGGACAAGACUUGGAUCUUAAAAAUGGCUUGCACAUUCCUGCCGGAGCUCUGCUUGUUGCACCAAUACAGUUGGUUCAGAUGGAUGAAAACAAUUGGGGAAGUGAUGCUGCACAGUUCAAUCCAUACCGUUUUUUGUCUAAGUCUGAAAAGAGAUCUGAACUUAGCAGAAGCUCUGAAACUACAGAUGCUGCUGAAGUGCCUCCAGAUUCAGGAGAUGGGUCGUACAUCCUAAGCAAUCCAUAUAAGAAUGCUGCAUUUCUUCCAUUUGGUUCUGGGCUACGUGGAUGUGUUGGCCAGAGGUUUGCCAUUUUAGGAAUUGCAUCAAUAUUUGCGUCACUGCUUGAACAGUAUGAGGUAAAACUGGUACCUGGGUCUUAUAUAGAGCCGAGGCCUUUAAUGACCAAUUGUGUACUUCAGCUUGGCCCGAGUCCAAAGAUAGUUUUUGUCAGACGUGAUGCAUGAUUGUACCUCUGUUGUGCAGUUGUCUGUUCAAAUUGUACACUAGUUUGUUGUCCUUUUUUCUGUAUUGACAAUGAUAAAAAGGAAGACAUCUCUGUUUUCCAAGGUUGAUUUGGGAAAAGGCUUUUCCUGCUCGCUCAGCUAUCAGAGGAGAGAUGCUACAUGAGUACAAUAUGGCUGCUCGUGUUUUUUUUCUUCCUGUAUUUUUCAUUGGCCUGAAGUGCUGUUAUGGGUGCCGCAAUUUUAUACUGGUUUUGAAGCACUCUGGCCUAUUACUGCAGCGAGCUCUGUGAUUUUCCUCCCUACCUUUGGUUUUGUAAAGAGAUUGUGUCUUUGCUUUCUUUCUUUUUCUCCGUAAGGAGUUAUGGUGUAAUUUUCUGUAAUCCUGAUGUAAAAAAGCAGCAUCACCAUCACUUUGGUUACAGUAUGUAUCAGUUUACGUUGCAAUGUUGCAAUUCUACCUGCCAUCAGUAGAAACUUGCCAUCAGUAAAAAAGCUGUCUGUGAAUUGCUAUAAUUUUCUUUGAUGUUUAUGUUUUCGUCUAUGUGACUUGAAUUAUUGUUUUAUAUUCUGCAAGAUGUAAACUAUUAUGGAGAACAGUGAAAAAUAUUUCAGGUAUUGCGUUA